AUGGUAAAAGGACUUCUUUUCAGUUUGCUUUGGUUUGCACUAAUAUGUGUAACUGUCGCGCAACAGGUUACCGUCGAUACCUAUGUGGGUUCUAUAAUUGGAGAGAGGAUUGAGGGCACGUUUAAUGGAUCCUCGUACUACGUGACCAGAUUCCUCGGUAUACCUUAUGCUGAAUCAACGGAAGGAUAUGGGCGGUUUAUGAGGCCCACCAGGAAGGCUGAUUUUGACGUACCAUUUAAUGCGUCAACACCAGGGCACCGAUGUCCUCAAAGGGUCCAGAACGGCAUUGAUAUGGGAUUCAGCGAGGACUGUUUAAAUCUAAAUAUAUUUGUGCCUGAUGGAGCCAUUGGCGGCACGGAACCGAAAGCUGUCAUGGUCUGGAUCUAUGGAGGCGCUUUCCAGGUUGGAUCACAGGAUACGUACAUGACGUCAGCGCUGUCUGGGCUAAAUGACGUGAUUUAUGUCACUAUGAACUACCGAGUCAGCGCGUUUGGAUUCUUAGGCAGUAAAAAGUAUUCAUACUAUGGAAUGGAUGGAAACAACGGACUGUGGGAUCAACACGCAGCUAUCAAGUGGGUCAACGACAAUAUCGAUGCUUUUGGUGGUGACCUUGAUAGAGUGACAAUAUUUGGAGAGUCGGCCGGUGCGGCUUCCGUCAUUUAUCAAGCCAAUUACGACGGGAACUGGGGCCUUUUCCAGAGAGCCAUUGCUGAGAGCGGAUCGGUCGGCCCAAACUGGAGCUAUUCAAGCCAUCCCGACAAGCAGUUUGAUGACUUCCUUGAACGUUUGGGAUGCAAUGAUAAGGCCGAGGAUAUGUACAAGAUUAGUUGUCUACAGUCACUUCCAUUGUCAGUUAUUUUAGAAAAUAUUGGAACUACAGAUAUAUUCAAACCAGUUCAAGACGAUGACUUUAUUCGUUUCGACCCAGGACAAAUGCUUCAUGACGACCGAAUGUCGACGUCAAUGUUUGGUGGAUUGGACAUCCUGAUGGGCCAAAACACGAAUGAAGGUGGAAUGACGUUGAUGGAAAUUGCGUCCCUGAAUCAACUUACAAUAGAUGAUAUAAAGGACGGAAUGUCCGAAUCCCAAUUUGCCGAAUACAUGAAUGAAUUGUUCAUGGUUCAUAAUAUCGAGGCAUCUGACGCGCUCAUUGCAUCUUUGAGACACCAGUAUACCGACUGGAACAAUCCAGAUGACCCAACAACACUUAGAAGUGCUGUACUCCACUAUGCUAUGGACGCUGACUAUACGACCGCCAUUACACAGAGGUUAAAAUCGCACGCCCACUCUGGUGGCUACGGAAACACCUAUAUGUACGUCUUCGACCACAGACCAUCGUACUCCACGGCACCUGAAUGGCUGCAAGGUGCCAACCAUGGAGACGAAAUCGGUUAUGUUCUUGGCUUCCCUGGCACUUACGGAGACGUAGCGCCGUAUUUACCAGCACAAGAUGUACAGUUGGCUUUGGACGUCAUGAAAUAUUGGACAAACUUCGCUAAAACGGGAGAUCCGAACGUGAAGGACGGCAGCUUGACAUUCUGGCCAGUGUACGAGCCGGAAGACGCCACCUACAUCCAUCUGGCCGCUGGCAAGGCCGAGUACCAAACUAGGGAGCACUUCCGGCGGGAACAGGUCAGCUACUGGACCCACGUGGUUCCAGCCAUCCGUGAAAUGUCAGGGCAUACUGAAUUUAGUGAUUGGGCCCCUUGUUACUGCGUAAUUGAAAAGAGCAUAUUCGCUGAGCUUGAGAUAAAGGCCAUGCGCGAUAAUUUGGUGUUUUAUGGUGUCCCCGAGGUACAGCCCGGCAUGCAGGAGAACUGUUCCAUAUCUAUACAUGGGGUCAUUUCCACAUACUUGGACAUCCCGGACGAGUUCAAACUUGACGCCGCAUACCGCCCGGCCCGGCGCGGCCAGGGCAACGCUGCCAAGCCACGCCCCCACAUUGCGAGAUUUCAUAACGGUCAGGAUCGGGAGCGGGUUCGUUCCGCCUCUUUGGACCCUACUAUUAAGCAAACACUUAAGGACGGGAAUAUCGGGAUCGGUCCGCAACUCCCCAAGGAUGUCCGUGACGCCAGGAAGCCGCUCUACGACGCCAUGCGCGCUGCCAAGGACGCCGGGAAGGAGGUGAAGUUCGUCGGUAAGACGCUGUACAUCAACGGCCGCCCGUAUGCACCACAACCCGAAGGAGACCGCUAG